UAAUCAACGUGUUCAUUGAACUUUGUCCUACUGACCUCACUAGUAUGGCUGCUGUUUUUUACUUGUUAAGGCGGUGGCAUUUGCAGAAAUCAAUUAGACUGGUGCAAAGUUUGCGUUUGCCAGUGUUUCAGCUGCACACAACUGGAGCUGCAAUGGGAGCAACACAGGAGGAUUUCAAUCAAGCAAAGGACCAAUUAAAGACGUUAAAAAAUGAUCCUGGGAAUCAAGCCAAACUACAGAUCUACGCACUUUUUAAACAGGCUACACAGGGACCCUGUAAUGCUCCAAAGCCAGGCAUGCUCGACUUUGUUAACAAAGCUAAAUGGGAUGCCUGGAAAUCCCUCGGUAGCUUGUCUCUGGAGGAUGCCAGGCAGCAAUAUGUGGACCUUGUAGCAUCUUUGGUGUCAGCAGAGGCACCCCCCGAGGCUGCAGCGGCUUCUUCGGGUAGCAAGCCAGCUUUUGAGACGCUUGAACUAAUUUCAGAGAACAACAUUACCACCAUUCGAUUAAACAGACCCGACAAGAAGAACGCAAUCACUGUUGCGAUGUACAAUGAGAUUAUUCAAGCGCUUGAACAAGCUGCAAAGGAUGACUCUGUAAUAACCGUGCUGACAGGCAACGGUGAUUAUUACUGCAGUGGGAACGACCUGAAUAACUUCACAAAUAUUCCAGCUCAAGGUUUGGAACAGAUGGCAAAGGAUUCAGGAGAACUACUCAAGGACUUUGUGAAUGCUUUCAUUGAUUACCCUAAGCCACUGAUUUCACUGGUUAAUGGCCCAGCUGUUGGGAUAUCAGUCACUGUGUUGGGAUUGUUUGACGUUGUCUACGCCACAGACAGGGCAACAUUUCACACACCAUUUAGUCAGCUUGGACAGAGUCCAGAAGGAUGCUCCUCUUACAUCUUUCCUAAGAUAAUGGGUACAGCAAAGGCGAAUGAAAUGCUUCUGUUUAACAAGAAGCUGACAGCUCACGAAGCCUGCGACUUGGGGCUGGUCACCGAAGUUUUCCCUGAUGGCACUUUUCAAAAGGAAGUGUGGACUCGGCUGAAAACGUAUGCUCAGCUUCCCAAGAAUUCUCUGGCUUUCUCAAAACAACUGGUCCGAGGGAUGGACAAGGAGAAGCUCCAUGAGGUCAAUAAUCAAGAGUGUGAGAGGCUGGUGGAGAGGUGGCUCUCUGAUGAAUGCAUGAAUGCAAUUAUGAGCUUCUUCCAAAAGAAGUCAAAAUUGUAAUCUAAUAAAGGCAGUUUCCUAAUCGGAUACCAUCCAAGUGACACUUGUUGCACUACAUUCAGUAUUAGAAAAUACAGUACAUAUUUUACGUGUUGCAUUUUAAUGGAGCUACUAACAAAGUAGGUGUUGGACUAAGUACUCUUAGUGUUUAUUCUUUUACAGUGGAUCAGAUAAUUGAUUGUAAUAAUUUGCAUUUAUUUCUAUCCAGUUUCAUACCAGAAAGAGCAUGAGCAUUAAUCAGAUAUUUCCUGGAUAAUGUCUGUUGAAUUUAAAUUGAAGUUAUUUACUCAGGAUAGCCUUUUUUUUAAAUUGACGAGAAGACUUCUGUUGCAGGCCUUUUUAUAUUUCUCUAUAAAUUCUUACAAAGUUUCACCAUACAAUUCUAACAUUCAUGUACAAAAUAUUGACAUGGCCUAUGCAGCACACAAUGCAAUUGUCAUGUCUAUCAACUAAAAAAAAAUCCAGGCAAAACAUAUCAAAAGCUGUCUAACAAUAUUGUUAAUUGAAAAAGUGUGCCACUGAUUUAAUUGAGUCUUGGUGGGUUUACAAUGUACAGCUGCAUAUAUGAGCAGCUUUGUAACAACUGAACCAUAUGUGUACCAUCUUGUAGAAAAGCAUUUUUUUAAACCUCUAAAUAAUGAAUCAGUUGCCUUAUUGUGCCGCUCAAAGAAUAAACCAAGAAAUCUCAUAUUUCUUUAAAAUAAAUCCACAAAACUGCAA